GUGUGUCGGGGUAGAGGUGUAGCGGGAGUCUGUAAGUGACCUCACUGGACACGCGCCAAGUGCAACCACUGCCACAUAUACUCACAGAAGAGUUAAUAAUCCAUAGAUAUUUCUUCUACUACGGUGUUCAGUAUUUGUUUAUGAAUAUUACAUGAAAAAUUACUCACCAUAUUUACGAUAUAUUAAAGUUAUGAAUUUACAAGAACUAUCGGAAAAGUAAAAUAAGUGGAAUUGUGAAUAAGUUACCAGAAUUACUUGUCAAGGAAAGUCACACAUUUACUUAGAAAGAUUAAAAAGAAAAUCCCGAAGGUGUUGAAAGCCUUGAGGAACCCUUCAGGAAUUGAGAAACUCCCGAAGGAAUGUGUUAUUAAGGUUCCGGGGAGGCCUGACCAGCCUUCAAGAUGCCGACUUUCCGCACACCAUUAGGCUUAAGAGUCUGGUGGAGGGAAGAGUGUGACGAUAAUGUGUAGAAGAUGAAUCACCUGAAGAAAACAAGAAAUAAGGAAGAAAAGAAUAUUAACACAAUACGUAUUUUAAACCAAGAUAAACAUUUGAAGAAAAUAUAAAAUUGAUAAACUCAUAAUAAUAUAUCAUUCAAUAGAGAUGAAGUGUUGAAAAUAUAUCCACCAAUCACAGUGUUGCCUCUACUGCGGUUGACAACUUUACACCUUAAUUAGGACAUCACAGCAAAUUCAUCACCUGACAGACAGUGAACACAACAUAGCAUUAUCUAACACCACUACAAACAAAUUUAACACAGUGAUCAGAAAAGAAAAAGAGUGUGUGUAAAUGGUGGCUUAAGAUAAUCCGACAUGUGGUGUAGAGACAGACGAAACCCACACACAAAUAUUACGUAACUCGACGAGAGAAAAAAAAUCAUUGUUGUGUGACCGGAUAAACUAAACUAACUUUAAAUGUCGGAUAAGCCAAGACUUAGAGGCCAGAUAAACACAUACUCAAAGGCCAGAUAAGUCCAGAUAUAGUGGCCGGGUAGGACAGUACACUUGGACAGAGAAGCAACAGUAUCCGGCCACCAUGAGUUAUGAGGAGGCUCGCUGUGGCUGCUUCUGGGAGAACCUUCCCUACUGCAUCAGAGGCCUGGGUGUGGCCACGGCCGUAGUGCUGUGGGGUGUGGGCGUGGACAUGGUCUACCACCACCACCUGAUGGGCGUCUACAUCUUAGUGUUCGCCUUCACCCUGUUCUUCCUGGAGAUCACGUGGGCCAUUACACUCUUCCUCCGUGUGUGUAUAAGGAACGAGACGAGCAGGGUGUUGGGGUGUUGGUCAGUGGUGCUCUGGCUGGACACAUGGAAGAAAUCACUCAUCUACUGGGCCGCUGCAGCUGCCAUCCUCCUCAGCCCACACACACUGUGGCUGACGUCCGUUUCAGGAGGUCUAUUGAUCGGCCUGGGCGUCUUCCACCUUCUGCUGCUCUACAAAAUGAAACUGGAAGCGAAGGAAGCGUUACUGGAGGCCAAGGAAGAUUCUUACGACAGGUACGAGGAUGAGAUGGACGCAGAAGUAGCAGAAGGUGUCAACACAGCCGCCUCCUGCCACGACUCUACCCUGAAGAUGUUGCCACGCCUCUCUGCCGCCCUCCUGGCUGACUACGCCUUCUUUGUUAGCCUCACAGGAUGAUCACGCCCACACUGACGCCCCUGGAGGAUCAUUACGCCCACACUGAUGCCUCUGAAGGAGGAUGACCACGCCCAUAUUAGUGUCUCUGGAGGAUUAACACGCCCACAAUGAUAAUAUUAUUGGAUCAUCACGCCCACGGAAGAGGAUCAUCACGCCCACGGAAGAGGAUCUCACGGGUUAGAAACACAAUGGUGAAGUAAACAUGACCUACUGAUAACCACACCACACCACACCACACCAUAAAACAACACCAUCCAUCACUCGUUGACACCAUACUGACACCAUAUCACCACUACACUAAACAUACGGCUCCCUAGAAGACCCUAAAAUAGCAGACACCAUACUAGAUGAUGUCUAUAUAAUGGUGACAUAAUAACACUACACUGACAACUAUCACCAUAACCCUUAAAAAGAUUAUCACACAUAAAUACACCUAUAACAGCUGCACCAUUCACUUCACCAUAACAGUAGCACAUAUCUAUAAUACUUGCACCAUACUUUCAACUGUCACGUACACUUAAUAUAUUUACACCAUACACUAUCAUAAUAACACCCCAGAUCUACAAUAUAUACACCAUACCUUUUACCAUAAUAGUCAUACAAUAAUAAUUACACCAUACACUACACCAUAUCCUUACCAGGUUAGCACUGCAUAUUCACUCCCACUAGUCAUAUUAGCACCAUUCUUCACCAUACACACAUCAGUCUCACACCAUCACCUUACGUCAUAUUCACUAUAUCAAUAUUAGUUACUCACCAUGAUAAAGCACCAUAUUCACUGUAUUUAUUAUUACACACUUAUAUAAACUCUAUUGUUAGCACACACACACACACACACACACACACACACACACACACACACACACACACACACA